UGGACGCAGCUUGCACCAAAUUGCAAUCUUUGCAGAGACUUUUCGAACCCACCACCCCGGCUCCCCCUCUGCGGCCCCCUGACUCCCCUUCCCGUGGCCCGGCCAAGUUCCCCUCCGCCAAAAAAAACUUGCUCAAAGGCCACUUUCGGAACUUCACUCUCUCCUUUUGCGAUACCUACACUGUCUGGGACUUGCUGCUGGGCAUGGACCGCCCCGACAGCCUGGACUGUAGCCUGGAUACCCUGCUGGGGGACCUGCUAGCCGUGGUGGCCAGCCCGGGCUCCGGGGCCUGGGAGGCGUGUAGCAACUGUAUUGAGGCAUACCAGCGGCUGGACCGACACGCUCAGGAAAAAUAUGACGAGUUCGACCUCGUGCUGCAUAAAUACUUACAGGCGGAAGAGUACUCAAUCCGGUCCUGCACGAAAGGCUGUAAGGCUGUCUACAAGGCCUGGCUGUGCUCAGAAUACUUCAGCGUGACCCAGCAGGAAUGCCAGCGCUGGGUGCCCUGCAAGCAAUACUGCCUGGAGGUGCAGACCCGGUGCCCCUUUAUACUCCCCGACAAUGAGGAAAUGGUGUACGGAGGGCUCCCUGGCUUUAUCUGUACAGGGUUGCUGGAUACUUCACCAAAGCGUCCGGAAACCAAGUGCUGUGACGUGCAGUGGGUCUCCUGUGAGGCGAAGAAGAAGAAGUUCAAGGAGUCUGAGGCCCCCAAAACCCACCACCAGCAAUUCCACCACUCCUAUUUCCACCACUACCACCAACAGUACCAUCACUACCACCCCCGUCAUGAACACCCCCGCCGCGUCAGCAACAAGCCCGCCCUGCUGCCGGUCUCUGGGGGCUCCCGCCUCAGCCCUAGCAGGAUCCGGCUCUGCGUCCUUGUUCUCAUGCUCCUCCAUACCGUGGUGUCCUUCUCCAGCAACCAGGGUGGUGGGGGAUUGGGGCUGGAGACACUGCCUGCCCUAGAGGAGGGCCUGACACGGGAAGAGUGACAGUACGGAGGGAGGACAGACCUCCACCACACACAGACAUCAGCUCCAGCUCCCCCAGGUGGGGGGGAGGGGUUCCUCCCAUGGGAGGUAUAGGAUAAGGUGGGGGCGGGGGGAAAUGGGGGAACGACACAUCCCCCCCAACCUACCCCCACCCCAAAAUCAGCUCCAACAGAAUGGCCAGAGGGCCCCAGGGAGCUGCAAAAUUCAUCCGGGAGAAAAAGGCAGGAGCAGCAGGUGACCCCUCCCAAGCCCCCAUCUAUGGGGCUUAGCGAAAAAAGGGAGGAAGUGGGGACUGGAUAUGCCCACCCCUGCCAAAAGCCCUGACCCCAGGGAAGGAUGCUGCUCACCCAGCCUUGGCCCUGCAGGGAAUGUUGGGGGGCACAGAGGGGAGAAGCUCUUUCCCCCCACUCCACAUUCCUUUUGUUGCCACGAUCCUUAAUUCCCUCCUGCCCACAUCCCUACAGGCGACGGCAGACAGUGCAAUGGCCCUCCUGCCACUUCAGCACACCUUGCCCCACCUGGGACCAUCACACGUGAAGCACCAGGCUGGGAGAUGAGGUGCACACAGUUGCAGCUAGGUCGGGGCCCCAGUUAAGCUGUGCCCCACCACCCUAGGCAAUGAGGGGCAGGAAAGGGGUACAGAAUGAAUGGUGAAAGAGAGUGAAGAUAGAGAACGGGGAGAGGAGAGGAGAAAUGUGGACGGAGGGCUUGAAGAGAUGGCCGAAUAGGCUACUGCCACCCGGCUUUGGGAAGACAGUUGAUAAGUGUUGAGGUAGGCUCGAGAACUGCUCCCCAAAUCAGUGAGUUGCAUGAGGAGCCCUCUGGGGAAAGAGCACAGGAACUGAGUUGCUAGGCCUCAAAACAAAAGGCUGCAGGCACAUGGUUAGACUGCCGCUGUCUGAAGGACCAUAUCUUACAGAAGGUGCACAUACUCCCAAGGGCCACUCUUGCCCUGGAGAUCUUGGCCUUGGGGUCAAAGAUAUUUCCAUUUCCGAUCUCCAUGGGGAGGAGGGACUUAAGCCCAAGUGGGUCAGGCCUGGCCCGGGUCCUCAUACUCCCCCAUCUUGUCCCAGCCCAGGCCUCCAUGAAGGAGAACCUGGUGGCAUUGCCCCAGAGCUCUCCAGAGAUGAGCCUCCCCUAUCCCUACCCUGUCCCUGUCCCCAGCCUACCAAAGAGUAUUCACACCUUUCCAUCCCUGACUCCAUGGGUUACCGUCCCAAUUGUGAAACACCCAGACUCCUCUUCACCCUGUAGCAGGGUCCUCUGCUCCAGUCACCCCGGCCCCUUGCAAGAGAAAGUCCAGGGACUGCCAAGAAGACCCUUUGACUAAAGAUAAUGUGCUGUCAUCUCUUGGCUGAGAAACUGUUGAGUCAGGCUAGAGGGCUGGACAAGAGAAGAGGCAUUGAGAGCCCCCUUGGGGGCCAUUAGCCUUGCUCUGGUCUGCUGUGUGGGGGUGGGGAGUAGAGGGCAUCCCACAUUGCCUGGGACAUCUGAAUGCUGAUGAGAAUGGACAGGAAAGGGAGCCAGAGCUGUAUUCCUGGGACAGGCCAGGGAGCCUUUAGUGCCAGCAGGGCCUGUGUCCUGGGAUGCGAUGCUAAUGAGUGAAUGGAAGGGUGGGCCUGGAGCUUCGUGAGAGUGAAACCAAGAAGCGGAUGGGGAAGGGAGAGCUGACCUUGGUCAGCUUAGGGAUGAGUGGAGAAGGAAUCAUUCAUGGGCCUCAGCUGGGUCCCAGACUGAUUACAUGAGACUGGGGAGUCCUUCCCUGCCAGUUUUCUCAUUUCUUACAGCCUAUCCCCCAGCCCUACCCCUGUGCCCUGCCCACACACUCCCCUGUUUGGCCCUCAGCACUUCGGGCCUGGUCACAUACCCCAUCCCUAGUGAUCUUUCCAGCUGGGGAGGGGAAGAGGUGCUGGCUCCUUUCCAGACAUGCUUAUGUAUAAGUAAAGGGGCAGCUGCUUGGGCUCCAGAGAGACCCUAGGUACUGCCUUCUAACUCCUGCAUCCUCAGCAGGGGAAAAGGAACUGGGAAGUAAAGGGGAACCAUAUGGCCCCAGGGAAUGGACCCUUGGAGACUCCCAUCCUCUCUUCCACUUCACCAAGUGCCCAGGAGACCCCUGGCUCAGACCAGCCCAAGGCCUUGCCCAGUGGCAGGGGAAAGGGGCACCUCACUCCACCUCAAAGUCAUUUGACUGCCCCCAUCCACCCCACCACCCUAAUCUUCCACCACCUCUCCGGCUGCCCCUGCCCUCCAUCACAGGCAGCAGAGCCGGGCAGCUUUCUUAUGCCAUUUUCUACACUGUGCUUCAUGAGUAGGACUUUCUUGCACUAGUUCUUAUGACUGAGUCUCCAAACUGGUUUCCUAGUAGUCCCCCAUCCCUUCCUCCCUUACCCAGCUAUGAUUCAGUUGUCUCUGCCCUCCCUCUUACCCUGCCUCUGUGUUUCGGUGAGAGUCUCUGUAUGUGUACUGCUUUCUGUUUUGUUGCAUUGUGGAGCAGAGGCCUCUCUGCUCUUGUUUAACCCCAUAAAGAAAUAAAUGGUAAGACUUGAUGAUAA